CUUGACCCUAGCCCUUUCUGACUGGAAUUAGAACCCAUGUAGAGUCUGGAUUGACACAGGAACCGCAUCGAAUUUUCCUAAGAGUGGAUCAGCAAACAUUCGUUUCCUGGUGGAAAUCAUCAUCUACCGGUGCAACUUUAUUUAACAGCCCAUAAAGGGCCGUCUUGGUGAGUUGACAUGACACGACUUCAACCCAAAAUGGUCCAUCAUCCAAUUUUCUAUAUGUAUGACUCAUCAACCGAACGUUGUCCUAAAAGAUCGCAUUAACCAUGUCAUUACCUCGUCACAUGGGUGUUCUUUCUUGUUAUAUCUGUCGUGACCCUAGGGCAAUGUUCCUGCAUCGUUCGCUUCUUCUUCCUAUAUCCUUGAUCAUCAUCUCGAGAUCCUAGUCGUCCAAUCAUGUCCAUGCAUCAACAGAGAUGUAGCCUCAUUGUGAGGAUCUCCCGAUUUGUCCCUGAAGCUGGCUUUAUCCAUUCAUGAUGUUCACCCUAUAAAAGGGGAAAUUUUGCAGCUUCCUUCAAUUGACCUGACAGAUAUCCCGUCACUUUCAUUUGUUUUUACUCCUUUUUUUUCUCCUGUUCUGGGGAGGUGUUUAAAACUUACAAGUUAAGAGAAGGGCUUAGCUUAACGUGCAUGCUCCCGGGUCGACGAGUUCUUAGUUCUAGGUCCAUCCUGUAUGCUCCAGGUGCAUUUCAUGUAGAAAGUACAAAAAUUUUGAUACAAGAGAUAAGUGAAUCCGGUUGUUAACUAUGGAGAUGCAUUUAUAUGGACCAAUAAAUUAAUCAACAAGAACAAUUGUAAAAUUCAUUUGUAAUUAAUACUUAAAUCAAACUUGAAAGCCAACUUAUGUGAGAAUAUCAACAAUUGAUUCAUAUUCUGAGGGGGAAAAACGAAUAAUAAUACGUUUGAUAUUGUUAUAUAUUGUUUUUUUUUUUUAUUUGGCAUAUGAAACAGAAUUUAUUUAUGAAAAUUAAGAAAGCAAAUUUUCCAAGGGUUAAGUAAUACGGACGUAUUGGAGCUUGGGUGCUGCUAACGACGUCAUCACGAUGUUAAACGUUUCGAUGUUUUAAAAAUAUAUUAAAUAUUGUCGAUCAUCUCUUAGAUUAAUUUAUAUAUUAUUAAAAUUGACAUUCAAAAAAAAUUUUAAACACCUAAUAUUACCUUUAGCUAAAUAUGCAUCAGGACAGAAGAUUUAAAAAUAAAUUAAAAUUCCAAAAAAAAAAAAAACCAAUGGGACCCGACAUGCUGGCUCCGUAACAGUCAACUCAACCAAACCAUGUUCCUGCCCUCUCCAUAUGACGCCAGCCCAUCAAAGAACUCGAUCACAUAUGCCCAAAAAUCAACUGUGAACACCCCCCCCUCCCCCCCGCUCUGAUUCUGCCUCAGAGCUAAAACUUGGCUUUUGUGCAUCUUAAUUUUCUCCCAGAAAGAUGGAGCUGAGCCGUAGGCAACGCUCCACCAGAAGCAUAUCGUUAGAAAAAGCAGUUGUUGCAGUUAGAGCAGAGAGGGUCAUCUCUAAAACCGCCUUGGCAUGGGCUCUCACUCAUGUUGUUCGUCCAGGCGAUUGCGUUACCUUGCUUGCUAUCUUUCCUGGUGAAAAAAAAGGUAGCAGAUUUUGGAAUUUUCCGAUGCUGACUGGAGAUUGCGGGAGUAAUAUUCGGGAGGCGUUACCGGAACGGAUUUGUCAGAUCUCUGAGUCGUGUUCUCAAAUGGUACUUCAGUUCCACAACCAAAUCGAGGUUACUGUGAGGAUUAAGGUGGUGUCAGGUACAACUGGCAGCUCAGUGGCGGCUGAAGCAAAGAACAAUGGAGCCAACUGGGUCAUACUGGACAAAAAACUAAAGCAGGAGCUGAAACAUUGCAUGGAUGAACUUCACUGCAACAUUGUAGUGAUGAAAGGUUCACAAGCAAAAGUUCUCAGGCUUAAUUUACAAUGCAUAAAUGAACUUCGAACUCCCUAUUUCUCUGCUGCUGCUUCACCAGUAAUGGAUGCUGGAGACUACCUAGGACAUAGGCUGAAGCAUUCUACUCCUGUCAGCAGCCCGGAAGAGCCAAGUAUUUCUUAUUCAAGAACAAGCCAAGCAGGGUUGCUGCCAAGUUCCAAUUCAGCGACAUCUCUUUUCCUGGUCUAUCAGCAAAAUCCUCUUUUCGAAGGGUUGAACAUAGGAAAUUACACUUUCUUAGAUAAUCAGGACAACUUGGAUAACCAACUUACUGUUCUUGAUUCACGUGCAGAAAAGCUUAUAAAUCUAUCAGCAAAGCCAACAUCUUCUAUAGAAAGUAAUGACAAGAGUGUAUUCUGGAUUCCCGAAAACCACAUUGAUGAAAAACCUUAUAAAACCCAUAGCAAUAGAAAAAAAGUCAUCCCUCCUACUUCCAAAACCCUGCUUGACAAGUUUGUCCAAUAUGAUGAAGAUACAAAGGCAGGUAGACUUGUCAAUCAAAGCCAUGGCAAAGACUACAUGGUUAGCUCAAGCAUUAGGGAUGCAGUUGCUUUAGGUAGAACAUCCUCAGUACCUCCUCCCUUGUGCUCAGUAUGUCAACACAAGGCACCAGUCUUUGGCAAACCCCCAAGACGUUUUUCUUAUGAGGAGCUAGAGGAAGCUACAGAUGGAUUUUCAGAACUGAAUUUGUUGGCAGAAGGUGGUUUUGGUGUGGUUUACCGAGGGAUUUUGAGAGAUGGUCAGGUAGUAGCGGCGAAGCUGUUAAAGUUUGUGGGUUGUCAAGCAGAUAUUGAUUUCUGCAGGGAGGUACAGGUUUUGAGCUGUGCCCAACAUAGGAAUGUUGUGUUGCUAAUUGGGUAUUGUAUUGAUGGCAACAAGAGAGUCUUGGUUUAUGAGUACAUAUGCAACGGAUCCUUGGAUUUCCAUCUAUAUGGAAGUGACAGAGCCUCCCUAGAUUGGCAAUCAAGGCUAAGAAUAGCAAUUGGAACAGCUCGAGGCUUGAGAUAUCUUCAUGAAGAUUGUAGAGUUGGUUGUAUAGUACAUAGAGAUAUGAGGCCCAAAAAUAUUCUCCUGACUCAUGAUUUUGAGCCUCAGGUAACUGAUUUUGGACUCGCUAGAUGGCAUUCUGAUCAAUGGAUUGUUGGAAGCAAGGAGCGAGCCAUUGGAACUUCAUGGUCUCUUGCACCAGAGUAUUUGGAUGGUGGAAGGAUUACAGAGAAAGUUGAUGUAUAUGCAUUCGGAGUGGUGCUGUUAGAGUUAAUGACAGGUCAAAGAAUCAGUGACUUGCAAUUUUACAAGGGACAGAAUUUCUUAUCUGAUUGGUUCCACCCUCUAGCUGCAUUAGACUCAAACCAAAUAAUGACAAAUAUUUACCAGUUACUUGAUCCAUGUUUGGCCUCCAGGAAAGUCCAGGACUUUACCCAUCAACUACAGGCCAUGGUUCGUGCUGCUUUAUUGUGCAUAAGUCAUGAUCCGGAAUCAAGACCUCCAAUGUCAAAGGUCCUUAGAAUGCUUGAAGGAGGAGAUAUGAGCAUUCCUCUGAGUUUAGACCUGAACUCAAUUGGCAAUAGAAGCGGCCAUUUGCGUGGAUUGAAAACUUGGACACAACCUGAAUCUAGGAGACGCCACUCUCGAAGGCUUUCACACUGAAAUGAUUCGACAGACGAGUGAAC